AUGUCUUUCUUAGAUGUGAGUGAAUCUUCGCGGGGAGGUGGUUUUGAAGAGAUUGGUGGUCCUCCCGAGGCAGCGAUUGAUCUUAACUUCUGUUUUAAUACUUUAGGGGUCUCCCACAAGGGGAAUGUGAAGGACUUUUUAGACUUCAUGACUCUAAUUGAUGCGAAACAUCGUCUAGAGGCUCCUGUUUCCUCUUAUAAGUUUAAAGGGAGUCGUGAAAAUUGUUGCACUCAUAAAAGGAAGUUCCGGGAUCAUGAAAAGGUUGCUUUAACAAAAGAAGUAAGUGAUGUACUAUUGAGGAAGUUGCCACCAAAGCUGAAAGAUCCAAGUAGUUUCACUAUUCCUUACAAGAUUGGUGACCAACUUUUUGAUUGUGCAUUGCUAGAUUUGGGGGCAAGCAUCAAUUUGCUACCAUACACUGUAUAUGAGACAUUAGGUUUGGGGGAGCUCCAACCAACCUCAAUCACCUUACAAUUGGCAGACAGAAGCAUUAAAAGAUUGAGAGGUAUCUUGGAAGAUUUCUUAGUAAAGGUAGAUCAAUUUAUUUUGCCUACUAAUUUUAUUGUGCUGGAUAUGGAAGAAUCCCUUAUGCCAUUACCUCUACCUAUUAUUUUGGGAAGACCCUUUAUGAGAACUGCAGAUACAAAAAUUUGUGUAAAAAAGGGUACAGUGAGCAUGAAAGUUAAUGGGGAGAAAAUUGAAUUCAAGGUCUUUGAUGCAUUGAAAUUACCCCUAUACAACCUUGAUUGUUUUAAUAUCUGUCUAAUUCAAAAUGUUGUGGAGAAAGUUUUUCAGGUACAUCAUAGUGAUCCAAUGAAAGCCACUCUCACUCACAAUUUCACAAAGCAAGACAUUAAGUCAAAUUGUGAGAAUGUUAAUGAUGAUAUAAUUGAAGUCAUUCAAUUCCUUGAAGCCUCUCAACCUCAUCCAAGUAAGUAUGCACCUCCCUUUGAAUUGUUUGUGCCAACUAACACUACGCUUGUUCCGUCUAUUGUCCAGGCACCAAUCUUAGAGCUGAAACAACUUCCAACCUAUUUGAAGGACUCACUUUUCUCCAUGUGGUUGAGGAGAUGUUGGGACGAUGUGACUUGGUAG